AACGUGCCGGCGGCGAUGGCGGGAUCCCUCCGCCUCGACGCGUCGCCGGUCUCCUCCCGCUCCGCGUCGCGGCUGCUGGACCUCCCCAAGACGCCGUCGCCGUCCAAGGUCACCUACAGCGACAGGUUCAUCCCCUGCCGCUCCUCCUCCCGCCUCCACAACUUCGCGCUCCUCGACCGCCCCUCCCCCAACUCCAAGAACUCCCCCGCCGCGCCCGACACCCCCUACACCCGCCUCCUCCGCGCCGAGCUCUUCCCGGACUCCUCCCCCAGCGCCGACUCCCCCAACACCAACCUCUUCCGCUACAAGACCGACCACUCCGCGCCCUCCUCCCCCUUCGCCAACGCCCACAAGAACGACUGCGGCGGCGUCGGAUCCGGGGCCUCCACCCCCAAGAAGGCGCCCAGGAAGGUCCCCAAGACGCCACACAAGGUGCUGGACGCGCCGUCUCUGCAGGACGACUUCUACCUCAACCUCGUCGACUGGUCGUCGCAGAACAUGCUCGCCGUAGGCCUCGGCACCUGCGUCUACCUCUGGUCGGCCUCUAGCAGCAAGGUGACCAAGCUAUGCGAUCUGGGGCCCAGGGACAGCGUCUGCGCCGUGCACUGGACGCGCGAGGGCUCCUACCUUGCCAUUGGCACCAGCCUUGGAGAUGUCCAGAUCUGGGAUAGCUCUCGCUGUAAACGAAUAAGGAACAUGGGAGGCCACCAAACACGGGCUGGGGUACUAGCAUGGAACUCUACCAUCUUGUCGUCCGGUGGCAGGGACAAGAACAUACUGCAGCACGACAUCCGUGUCCCCAGUGACUACAUCAGCAAAUUUUCUGGCCACAGAUCAGAGGUCUGUGGGCUGAAAUGGUCGCAUGACGACCGUGAGCUUGCGUCUGGUGGAAACGACAACCAGCUUCUAGUAUGGAACCAGCGGUCGCAACAGCCGGUGUUGAGACUGACAAAACAUACUGCUGCGGUUAAAGCAAUAGCCUGGUCACCGCACCAGCACAGCCUCGUGGCCUCAGGAGGUGGCACGGCUGAUAGAUGUAUCAGGUUCUGGAACACGGCGAACGGAAACAUGCUCAACUCUAUCGACACAGGCAGCCAGGUUUGCAAUCUUGCCUGGUGUAAGAAUGUGAAUGAGCUUGUGAGCACCCAUGGGUAUUCCCAGAACCAAAUAAUGGUUUGGAAGUACCCAUCGAUGUCAAAGGUGGCUACUCUAACUGGACACACGCUGCGUGUGCUUUACCUUGCAACGUCACCUGAUGGGCAGACAAUAGUAACAGGAGCAGGUGACGAAACCCUCAGGUUCUGGAACAUCUUCCCUUCAAUGAAGACACAGGCUCCUGCUCGCGAUGCCGGGCUCUUUUCAUUUUCGAGAAGCCACAUCCGAUGAAUCAUCGGAGGACCGAAGGAGGAGGAGAUAGAUGUGUCUGUGCGAAAACAUAGUUUGGUUUGCCUGUGCAGUUGCUGAGUACCUAAUUUAUACCAUACAAUUGCCCUUUAACUUGAGCCAUUCUUUGUAGUA